AUGGGACAGUAUUGGCUGCUUUUCAAUGUGGACAAGCGGCAAACAGAACCCUUAGAGAGUCACAAGUUUGCCGACAACUUUUGUUAUAAAACGUCGGCCAUCUUUCCAUUGAUCGUCGAGGGCGAACAGGCAUGGUCCAAGCACGACCGGAUCCUCCUUGUCGGCGACGAAAGCGAUGCAUUUCCUCCCCGGACAGUCUCAAAGGCUGAGCUGAGGGAGAUGCUUCAGUCGAUAAUGGAACGCUCUUCCAACCCUAUGGAGGUACCUCCAGUGGAUGAUGUCAGAUUUGAUGAAGCUAUGAAGUAUGCAAGUCCAUAUGGUUAUGCUGCUUGCUGCGAAGAGACGGGCUGGACGGAGAAUCAGUCGGUUGCAAUAGACUUGACCCAAGGAGACGUUUGCCUGGCCAAUCUAUGCAACAAAGAAUAUAUACGCAACGCUCCGUUUAUUCCUGAGGACAAUCGCCAUCACACAGGUUUGAGCCAGGCCAUGUUUGCAAAGAUCGCCUGGAGUCAAAGUCGUAGCGUAUCGCUUCCCGGGCCAGCAUUAUUUCACCAGGGUACAUGGGCUGGGGCAAGACUGGCUAUUUUGCCUACAGCAAAGGUGGAAAGCCACGACUUCGUCGACAUUACGAAGCAGACCUUUUUCGAGUGCUCGAAGGAACCGUGUCAAAAGCUACUGGAAUUGCAGAAUGCCAAGUACGACCCCUAUUCGGAGAAGGAGAACUCGGAGCCGAUACGAGACAACUACGAAUAUCCGAAUGCCAUCCCAAUCACCUCUCGUGAAGCAGUUUCACUGCCAGCAGCGAAUCUUACAAGACUGGAAUUACUCCCGGCGGAGAUCCAUGAACUCAUCAUAGGGGAGCUGCCGCCUAAAUCAGUCUUGGCAUACCUGAAGACCAGUCGCUCUCUCUUUAUGUAUUCCGUUCUUCAACUUUACCAGACCGUCACGUUGGGCUCAGCCCGGUACACUUCCACUUUCCUAUUCACACUCAGAAAGAGGCCAUUUCUGCGAGACGCAGUCAAAGAACUUGUCGUGACCAUACGACCUCACCACUCUUCCCGGGCUGACAUGCAUCUCAUUCUCCUCCAGCUCCCAAGUCUAAGGAAACUCGUAAUUCGUCCAAGUUGGAUCACAUAUGGACCACUCAUGUCAUCAAGAUACCCAUUCAAGCUGCAGCACCUUUCGUGGGGGUUGAUCGUGGAUCCCGCAAUGAACCGCUUCCUCCGGACACAACCAACCAUUAAACAUUUCGAGUUUCCUCAAUGGGACGUCAUGCCACCGGAAUGGUUCUAUUUCUGGCCCGACCUGCUGCCGAACCUGCGAUCUAUCAACGCACCGCCAACCUUGCGCGAGAAACUUGCGAAUCUGAUGGUAUGA